GUUUUCUAGGGUUGCUUUUUGCCUAUUUGAAUUGCUCAAGAACAGCCGUAAAUUGGAGAUAAGGAAUAAGGAGGGAGGAGGCGGAGGUUGUUGAUGAGCAAAGGAUUUGGGCGCUCGUGACCAGGAAGAUGAUUUGCUGUUGUGAUGGAGAGGAGGAUAUCUAUAGCCAACCCAUUAAUCCUUCUGUUCCCCCUGCAACUCGUAAUAUCACCGCACAUGACAAAGAACCAAGAGGUCCUACGGCAGCCAAAAGUGGAGCUCCCCAAAAGGUCUUACCUAUUGAGAUACCGGUCAUACCCUUGGCUGAGCUAAACAAACUGACAAAAAACUUUGGUCCUAAGGCUUUGAUUGGGGAGGGCUCUUAUGGGAAGGUUUACCAAGCAAUUUUGAGCACAGGGCAAGCUGUGGCAAUAAAGAAAUUGGAUCCCGCAGCCUCACAAGAAACUGAUACUGACUUUUCUGCCCAGUUAUCACUGGUUUCCCGACUCAAAAAUGAAUAUUUUCUGGAGCUGCUGGGAUAUUGCUUGGAGGAUGGAAAUAGAAUCCUUGUUUACCAAUUAGCAACUUUAGGUUCCUUGCAUAAUAUCUUACAUGGGAGGAAAGGAGUAGAAGGUGCAGAACCUGGUCCUGUUUUGAGCUGGAGCCAAAGAGUGAAAAUUGCUUAUGGUGCAGCUAGAGGUCUUGAGUAUCUUCAUGAGAAAGUUCAGCCAUCAAUUGUACAUAGGGAUGUCAGAUCAAGCAAUGUACUCUUGUUUGGUGAUUAUGAGGCCAAGAUAGCUGAUUUUAACUUAACCAAUCAGUCUCCUGAUACAGCUGCCCGUCUACAUUCAACUCGGGUUUUAGGAACAUUUGGCUACCAUGCUCCAGAGUAUGCAAUGACUGGUACACUUAAUCAGAAGAGUGAUGUCUACAGUUUUGGAGUCAUUCUUUUAGAGCUUCUUACUGGAAGAAAGCCAGUGGACCAUACAAUGCCUAAAGGUCAACAGAGCCUGGUCACUUGGGCAACUCCCAGAUUAAGUGAAGACAAAGUUAAGCAGUGUGUAGAUCCAAAACUGAAAGAAAGCUACCCACCUAAGGCAGUAGCAAAGUUGGCAGCAGUUGCAGCACUUUGCAUACAAUAUGAAGCAGAUUUUCGUCCCAAUAUGACUAUUGUUGUGAAGGCUCUGCAACCUCUUCUCAUCUCGAAGUCCGGACAAUAACACUAUUGCUGGCCACUGCUUCUUUCUGCUUGUUUCUCAUUCAUCAAAACCUCUGCAUUUGUUUCAGUGCCACAUUUUUAUUGAUUUUUUCCUCUGUGGACGAAA